AUGGCAACUGUGAGCGUACACAGUCGGGAUAAGAUCUUCGCCAUUGCGGGGCCGUCCCCACGGGAAGCCAUUAUCUCCGAGUUUGCCAUAUACUUUAAGCUGACGCGUAUGCGAAAGAUCGCCUUCGCUCCCUCCGCAACGAUCCCGUCGCAUCUUACAUCUGGUUGCGACAUUAGACGCAUCAUCACACGCGAUCUACCGUGGAAGGGAUGCAAUCACUUGUAUGAAUAUAAAGAUGGCAACGCGCUCGCCGACAAGUCAAGCAAUCUACACUCCACUCAUCCUACAGCAAAAACAUUGCCCUUCCUUGCCUCGGCAGCCUCAGCAGCACCUACAUGCAACCGCUCCAACCUGAACAGCACCGUCGGUCUCUACACCGUCCAAGACGGCGACACCAUUGCCAGCGUCUCCAACUCCGUAAACCGCGGCAUCUGCGACAUCGCCCGACUCAACCGCAUGGCGGAUGCCAUGAUCCCCUUCUUGACGGGAGAACAGCUGCUCAUCCCUCCGGAGACCUGCACUCCCGACAACUCCACCUGUCUGCUAUUCCCUAGCCCCACUGACAACUACGCCGACUGCGUGUCCGGCGGUCCUCACACCUACUACACCGUCAAGGGGGACACCAUCCGCACCAUCGCGCUGAGAUUGAACAUCACUGUCGAAGCCCUUUCCGCAACCGCUCAGGGUGGGGUUAGUGAUCCUGAUGCACUGGUCCAGGUGGACAAUGAGUUGAAGGUCCCUCAGUGCAGUCCUAGUGUGUGUGAGGUUGAGCCGUAUCACUUCACUUAUGGCACGUACAAGGAUUUGGCCGACAAGAUUGGCUCCACUGUGGGUCAAAUUAUGGCGUUUAACCCGACUUAUAAUCACUCGGAUGUGGCCAGGGGUCAGGGUGCCGUCGUGACUUUGCCUAAGAACUGCAGGAACUUGGGUGAUAAUGUUACUGUUAUCUCUUAG